AUGCCUAGCCCAGAGCCCCUGCAGCCCGCUCCCUUGGGAGCUCAGAUCCAGCCCCCAGUGCCCGCGUCCCCAGAGCUCCCGCGCACGCCCCGCGCUUCCCGACGUCUCGAGUCCUCUUUCUCCGUCGAGGCCAUCCUGGCGAGGCCCGAUGCGAGUGCGCAGGCCGCCUCCCCGCCACCCGUCUCCGCCUGCGCUGCUCCGAGCCUCUGGACCGCUCCCCCGGGACCUCCAGCCUCGGUUCUGUCCUGGGCAUACCCGGCGACAUGGCUGCCCACUUACCUGAGUGUAGGUGUCUACCCGCUGUGUCCCCAGCCUUCAGUGCCGGUGCUGCGCGUGGCUCACUUCUGCGGCCUCCAGGGCCUCGGCGUCACAGGCUUGGAUCUGGCUCACUACCCUGGCCUCUUGGGCCCUCCAGACUUGGCUCCUACUGAGGACCUUCAGGACACUGAGAGACACCAAAAGAGGGUUCGAACUAUGUUUAACUUGGAGCAGCUGGAAGAGCUGGAGAAAGUGUUUGCAAAACAGCACAAUCUGGUGGGGAAGAAGAGAGCCCAGCUGGCAGCCAGGCUCCAUCUUACAGAGAACCAGGUGAGGAUCUGGUUCCAAAACCGCAGGGUCAAGUAUCAGAAGCAGCAAAAGCUAAAACUGCCAGCCACACCUGCCAUUGCUGUCUCUCUGGAUGAGCCUUCCAGUAGCUCCGACAGCAGCAAAGAUGCUGAAUCAGAGACAGACAACUGA